UCCCCGUGCUAUAAAACAAGGUCUGAGUGGGGAUGGUAGACAGAGCGGAAAAGUCUGGAUCUCGACCAAAACUUUGCACAAUGGAGCUUUGCGCAUUUGCUCUGUUUACAAUAAUUUCCUCGUUUUACUGCGUUUUGGCGCUGCCACCUAAAGGCGUGUGCCUUCUUCAAGUGGACGAGGGACCGUGCAGAGGCAAUAUCCAGCGGUAUUACUACAACACCAUCACCCAGAGGUGCGAGGAUUUCGAAUAUGGAGGCUGCCAAGGGAAUGCCAAUAACUUCAAGAGUUAUCAGGAGUGCCACAAGACAUGCUACAAAAUUCCCAAGGUUCCCCCAAUCUGCAGAUUUCCUAAAGAAGAGGGACCUUGCCGGGGUCUCAUCUCCCGCUACUUCUUCAACAUGACCACCAUGCAGUGUGAGCCAUUUAAUUACGGUGGCUGCCAGGGGAAUUCCAACCGCUUCCUUAAUCUAGCCUCUUGCAUGGAGUACUGCAGUCCAAAAAAAGCAAUCCCCGUGCUCUGCCGGGAUCCUCUGGACAAAGGGAAGUGUUCAGCCACCAUACCUCGCUAUUACUAUAACACAGCCACCAAGACGUGUGAGGAGUUUGUCUACUCAGGCUGCGGUGGGAGCAACAACAACUUUGUCUCGCGGCAAGCCUGCAUGGACGUGUGCGCAAAAGGAUGGAAAAAGCAUCCAGGCCAAGGAAAAAUUCUGCGAAUGAGAAAAAAUAGAAAACCCAUCACUUCCUUGCAGGCGUAAAUGUUUGACACUUGUACUAAGGAAUUCGCUCUUGGAGAAUUUCCACAUGGAAGCUAAUGUGUGUUUGUUUAUGCUGAAAUAUCGACCAGGCUGCCUAUGCCCUUGUGUGACAAAUUUUGACCACAUUUGUAAUGUCAUUAGAGCAUUUUUCUGAAUUUUUUAUUGACUGUAUGCUGUCAGUAAAGUUGGAUGGAUUGCUGCUGCUGAUGCUGUUGAUUCAUGUCCAACAUUCCUGAUUAUGUAUUUUAAUACCGUGUGAAUGUAAUGUAUGCUUUUCUUUUGUUCAGUUACACUUUUUUACAUGAAAUAUCCUGAAUUUGUUCAGGAAUUCUGCCUUUUCUGUAUUUUGAUAACACUGUGUUAAGCAAAUCACUGUACUGUGCGGUAUUUUCAUAAAAGUAAAAACUAAAAUUAUG